AACGUUGAAACUGUGCAAAGGUCUUUAAUGGCGAACUCCACUGGGUUGAUACCAUAUAUCUCUAUGGUUGAUACAUAGCCUAUGGGUGAUGAACAUACGUGUUGUAUGCAAUUGAUGUUGUCUAGUUAUUACAGAAGACACCAUUGGUCAAAAACUCUAUCUGUAUGAAGUUUAGGCCAAUCAGAAGAAUUGAUCCAAACCUUACAGAUUUUCUCACAUUUUUUGUAUGGAGCUCGCCUUGACGAGAUCUGAGCGGCAGAUCUAGCCUUAGUUAUGGAUGAAAAUCUGGAUUUUACGUCUCAAAAAAGAAGUGCCAAGCAGGGCCGCAGAGCACGCAAAGCAGCCCAAGAAGCAGCUCAAUCUAAUGGUGACAUUGGAGGGGAUGAAUCGGCAGAAGAUUUGGUAGGACAUCCCCCUCCUCCACAGAAUCAGGUUACAUCUGAAGAUGGUCCAGCACGUCCUCCUAGAAGACAGAUGGGAUGGGGUGACGACACCGCCAAACCUGUAAGAAGCCGUGGAAACGUUGAUGAAUUGGAAGCAUUUUCAGCAAAUGAUAGAGUAGAGCAAGAAUCAAAGUCCAGGGCACAGGACUCAGACGAUGACAUGCCGGUCAUCCCAGAUCUUGAUGACGUCCAGGAGGAGGAUAUGGCCACUCAGAUAGCGGCCCCACCAAGUGUACCGGUCAACAGGGUUAUCACCUAUAGAGAGCUAGAUAAUGACCUCCUAAAACAUUCACAGCUACUCACACUGGACAAUGAGAUAGACCUGAAGCUGCUGAGUAAAUCAUUAUCAGCUGAAAGUGAAGUGAUGGAAGAAGAUAAACCCUGGGAUUGGGAUCAUCUCUUUACGGAGGUAUCAUCUGAACUGCAAACAGAGUGGGACCAGGCGCUCGCCUCACAGAAAUCAGAUACAAGUAUUGUCAGCAAGUCAUAAUCACUAACACAGCUCUCUGAAUAGGGCUAGCUCCCCUCCCCCCUCAAACUGAGAUUAUCAAACAUAUUGGCCUACGCUUUCAACUUGGCUGAUACAUUUCAUAAUCAUUUUUGGUAUGCGCAGAACUGCAAACAGAAUGGGACCUGGCACUCGCCUAACAGAAAACAGAUACAAGUGUUGUCAGCAUGUCAUAAUCACACCUUGAAAGAAAUGGAGCUAGUACAGAUGUUUUUUUUUAAUGAAAAGAAAUGCUUUAAUGUAUGAUAAAAGGGCAGUACAUAUGCAUCCCCUGAGAUGCCGAAGCUGGGAAUCGAUCCUCGGGAUUUCCAGGUGCCUUAGACCACAGCAACUUCAUCUGACGGUUGCAGCUAUUUAAUGUUCUACCUACACCAACUGCCCCCCCCCCCCUCUCUCAAAUUCAUAUCAAAGAUACAAGCCCCUUACUAUCAACUUGGCUUAUACAUUUCAUAGUUAUUUUGGGGGUCAUUCUCCUGUCCUUGCUUUCAGGAUAGUGGUUUGACUCAACCAAUUAGAGAAUGAUGUUCAGGAGCCUGUGGCAUAAAACUGAAGGAUUGAUCAUAUAGUUGGUCUGUUUGCUUGAGUGUACAUAAUGUUCAUGGAAAUCAAGCAUACAAAUCAGCCCUAGAAUCGAUCGAUUAGCUUUGGAUUGCAGGUCCCUGAGGCAACUACUGUGGUAAUUAGGGCUCAGCAGCCAAUCAAAAUCAAGUUUUCCAUGGUAGUUGCCAUAACGGCACAGUUACUAUGAUUGCAAGUCUUUAUGAAACGGGACCGAGAAUUAUUCUUUCUGCCAAACUUUACAUUUCAUUGCUACAACUUUUAUCAUAUCGAUUUAACAUGCAGUAAGUUUUUCCCUUUUCAUGGUGUUUUUUUUUUUUUCAUGGGGUGCAAGUUCGAUUCAAAUUUUUUUUGUGUGUCUUCGUAAUUUUUUCAGGAACAAUCAUAAAAUUGCAGUUGAUAUAAGAUUGAGGCUAUUAUAAAUCAUAUUUUGAGAUCUAUGCAGGAAAUAUCAUUGCACUUGCUUCACCCCAGUCAGACAAUUUACCCAUAUUUCGGAUUGCUAUUGUAAUUGAAAUCGCCUUGUUCAUUGAUGAUCGAUAAACUUUCACUCGUGCUGAGUUUCGUCUCGUUUACUUUUUGAAAGAUUCAAAGAAACAGAUUAUCAUUAAUCUGGAAGAAAACUUUGAACAUUCCUCUUUAUUUGAAGAUGACAUUAUGUUCAUUCUUGAUUCCACUAUCGUGCGAUCCUUCAUGAAUGCCACGAUUGACCUUUUGUAACUGAUAGCAAAAAUUGUUGAACUGUUCAACAAUUUUUUUUAAAUGAUAUGAUCUUAUACUAUCUGAUAGGAUUCACUACAAUUACUCCAUGAUUAAGAUCAAUGUUUAAAUUGUGGCACAAAUCGUGACAGUAGAAACUAGGUAUUGGCAAAAUGUUGAGGGAUAUCCAUAAUUUAACAGAACUGGGGUGUUGAAGAUAUUUAUACGAUAGUCAUGACUUGCACAACUGGUCGCUGGUCAUCCCAGUGCAUUUUUGGCAAACUAUGAUGAUGGUUACAAGAUCCAGACCCACUUCUUUUUAAGACCACAUAUUAUUUUUUUUUUGGUGAACUUGGACUAAAAGAAAUCAUACAUCUAGAAAUUUGCUAACUUUUUUCUUUUUUUAUGUGGUAGUUUGUUUUAUUGUUUGACAAUUGAACCCCUAAAACCAAUUAUUUAUAAAAUAUAAAGAAACAACUAUGAAUUGAAUUUUCUAUUUGUGAUCUUAGAAUGAAGAGAGAAGAAACGGACUUAAUUUGUAAGUCCGUUUGAUGUAAAUAUUGUAUGUUCUAUUUCAAGCUUUGUAUAUAUAGAUCUGUAUAUGUAUUCAGAUUUUCCAUAUUUAAUGUACAAUUGUGUGAAAUAAGAGAAAUAUAUUGAGUAACCCACAA